AUGGCUAAUAAUAAUAGUAAAAAGAAUUAUUAUAGUUGUUGGUCCGACCUUCUUCCCCAAGAGAUGCUGGAGUUGAUCAUGGCACGUGUGGCCACAACUAUGGAUCUUCUACGUUGUCGCAGUGUAUGCCAUUCAUGGAGAUCUGCUGCAGUGAGGUUCAUCAAUAACAAUGGAGUAGCAAAAAGUAGUACUUUUACUCCAUUACUACUCCUUUACAGUAAUAAGAACUUGUAUGAUGAUGAUAGCAAACUAUUGUGUCUUGGUAGAAACACCACCAUGGAGUAUAGGUUCCGUAGACCCAAGAUGAGGAGGUUGCCUUACAAGGACAAUGGUCCUGAAAAAUUUACAGAAGGCCGUAUUGAAUUUACAAAAGCCAUGGAGAGUGUCUGGAGGAGAGACGACUCCGUCAUCGAUGAGGAGGCCGAGGCAGUCAACAGUGGUAGCGGUGUUGCUAUUCCCAGAAGGACCACGUAUGUUGCUCCCCAUCGUGGAUGGCUACUACUCUAUUCCUCACGUGAGACUGCGCUAUAUCUCUUCAAUCCCUUCUCAAGAAUGGUUGUCCAACUUCCACCCCCGCCACCACGACCAAUUUUCUAUGAUCCAACCAAACUAAACUUCAUCUCAUCAUCCAUUCUUACUGAUCCCACUUGCAUGCUCUACGUAUACACCACAAACUCGCACAUAAACUUACGGGAGAUCACUAUGUAUAGAUUUAGUGACAAGGAAUGGACGCCUGUUUUCACUAGAAACUACAUUUGCUGUUCCAUGAUAUUCUAUCAGGGUAACUUCUACUCAGUUGAUUGGUUUGGUGUGCUUCGACGAUGCUUGUUCGAUAAAUCUUAUUCUAAUUACAAGGAAGAGGAGGUAUGCAAUGUUACUAGUACUAACAACCCAUUCAGGUACUUAGUGGAGUCGUGGUUCGGUGAAUUGUUGAUGGUUGUGAGAAAUCAUGAUUUUUACCGAGAUUCUAAUGGCAAAUCGAAAAGAAGAACCAAGUCCUUUGAGAUUUUUAAGUUAAACUGGAGCAACGGUAAAUGGGAAAAGGUGAGAAACUUCGGUGAUCAAGCUCUAUUUUUGGCCCGUAAUGAUUCAAAAUUUAUCUCUGUUAGAAACAAUCCUGAUUAUAAACCGAACUCGAUCUAUUUCAUUGAAGAUGCUAACUCAUGGAAUGAAGAUUUUGGAGUGUAUAAUUUGGAAAACAGUGAGAUUGAACCAUUAAAUUUAUCUCACGAACAGAUGCAGUAUUCGUAUUAUCGAUGGUUUCAACCAGUGUUAUAG